AUGCUUUCUUUCAAGGCUGCUAGUCACGCUGUGGGAAGUAUAUCUAGUUGUUCUCUUCCACCCACCACCAUGGUCCUCUCACGCGUCGCCAUCCUCGACGACUAUCAAGGCGUAGCCCUCACCAGCGCCGAUUGGACCCCACUUGACGGCAGGGUUCACAUUGACGUUUUCAGAGAUACGUUACUCGAUGAAGACGCUUUAGUGAAGAGGCUGGAGAACUAUGACGUAGCUAGCAGGUUGAUCGCAACCACUGGCCCGGCAAAUCGAGGUAUAGAUACCGCCUAUGCUAAGGAGAAAGGCAUCGUCGUUUCUGAGACCGGCGGUGGGGGCAAUUCGACCCUGGAGCAUAUUUGGGCUUUGAUUCUCUCCACCGUCCGGUACACUACCGUCGAGGAUGCCAACAUAAAGUCCAGGAAUCCUCAGUGGCAAAGCACCAUGCCACUCGGACUGGCAGGGAGGACAAUUGGUUUGAUUGGCCUGGGCAGAUUCGGUACAAUGACUGCGAAGGCACGUAACAUUGUGUCAAUCUUGACAAAACUUCAGUUGAUCACUAUCCUGGGUAUUUCAGAUAGCUAA